CCGCCCCGCGGGAAGAUUUGAAAACGGCUUUGUCGAGGCAGCGAGAGUCGAGAGGACGAGAAGGAAAAGUACAAUUAGACGGACAUGGCUCCCAGGAAAAGAACCACCAAGCAGCGGAAGAACAACCCAAAGUCCGCAAAGCUGGAAGCUUUUCUGGAGGAUUUCGACAGCGAAGUGAAGACCCGAGUCGGACAACUGAAGGAGAAGAUCAACCAGCUGCUGAAAGAUGUUGACAACAGCUACAACAUGGCGCUGAUCAAGCUCCCCAAAGCUGUGCGGCAAAUGCCCUGGCUGGAGUACUGCAAGUCUGAGAAACCAAAGACACCAGAAGUGGAUAAUGUAAAGCGAGAAGAAGAAGCUGCUAUUGUUGAAAGCGUCGUGGCCGAGGACCACGCAGUCCUGCUGAAAACCGUUAAAACAACAAAGAAAAAAGGCAGAACCAAGUCGAGUUCAGAGGAUGAAAACACCCCGAGCACGACCAGGAAGGGAAAAGCCACCAGAAAGCCUCCAACUACGUCAAAACGAGCGAAGGCCCUGACAGUCAGCAAACAGAGCACCACCAUCAGACGAUCCAACAGGAAGCCUCUGGUCACUCCGGCCAGAAGCAUGCUGGAUUCUUCUCUGAUGAUGGGACCAACUCCUCUCAUCACGCCACGCUUUGACCCACGGCUUCCUAAAACUCCCGCAGUGAGAGUCCCUCGUCACAAAGAGCGAGUCUACAGCAUCUCGGUCAACGGCUCUCCCAUCGCCGCCGGGGACGAGGACAUCGUCAUCAACGUUCCCAUCGGCAACGGAGAGAGCAUUCAGCUGCUGGCCAGCGAGAUGGACUCGGUCGACCUGUCGCUGCUGGAUGAAACCGCCCUGAAGAGCAUCCGGCUGCUGAGGAAUCGCCUGACGAAUCUGUGUGGGACGUCGGAGUGAGCCGACCUGCUGCUGACCUGUACAGAACUUUUAAGAAAAACUUGUCUUUAUUUCUUUUGCUUUGGUGUCGUUUUUAGAAAGAGGGUAGAUGUUAAAGUAUACAAACAUGUUCCAGUGCUUUUAAAUCCUACAGUCACUGGAGUCCAGCUCAGCUACCAACAGCUCCCAGAUGUGUAAAUGUCCAUCAAGAGUUUUCAUUUUACUUCCUCAAUAUGUUUAGUUAAGUUACCUUUUGUUUUUAUUUGGGUAUUUUCUGCUGCUUUGGUAGCAUUUCAGGUGAAUCCUUUUUAUUGCUGUCUCUUAUUUCUGGCCAGUCAGACUUGUAAAGUCUGGGUUUUAGUUGUCUUCAAAGCUUCAUGACUUGUGAGAACAUUUCAAACUGAGACGUGUGUUUAAACUUGGCAAGCGUGAAUGUAUAAUCACUCUUUAUUUUGUAAGUUACACUUUUAAUUUGACGGGUUUUUUUCUGUGGCUCAUAUUGUCAUUAUUGAACUGAACAGUCCUCCAUGUUCCUACAAACCUGCUUGCAGUUGCAUUAUUGGUGAAAAUACAUAUUUCAUGUACAUAGUUUCCUCUUUUUAUCUGUAAAGCUGAUAAAACAUCUGGACCACA